GCCACGUAGACUACGGUUAUAAAAGCUGAGACCCAACUCUUGUUCAUUGGUCUCUUAACUUUGCACCUUUUGAGUGAUUGUUAACCAGCUCCGGAAUUGCAAUUCUUAUAAUUAAAUAACUUGUUUUGAAGAAUCUACAGUCUCUCUUCCUUUCUGGUUAGAAUUUCCACGACAAUUUUUGGCGAUGAGGACGAGAUGGCUACCUCCGCUUCCUGAUCGUUCCCAGGGAGACCGAGGUUAACUGUGCACAGAGUCUACAAUAGGUGUGGCUCAGGGAGCCCACACACCAAUCAAAGGAGCAGAAGGGACCCGACUCGGAUCCAGCAGGGAGCGUCAGUGGACGGAUUCACCAUCCUGUUCUGGGAACAGGUUGUGCACAUUAGAAAAGUCGCCCAGCUCACCCCCAACCCACAGCUCUUCAUCCAGGAGGUAGACCAACCCAAGCCACAGGCUCCAGCAGCCUUCAAGGCUCCAGCCCCCACCCCAGGCCACGCCCCUACCCUUCUCUCCGCCAAUGCCAGGCCUGCCCAUCUCAUCACUGACAGUGGCUAGCCAAUCAAGUUUACUCAGCUGGUGUUUGGAGUGUCCGAGGUGGGAUCAGAUAUGGUCAGUCAAUGUGUCAGUCCACACAGGAGCAUCUCAGAGACCUGCUGGAGAAAGUCACUGGAGAAAGUCACUGGUGGCACAACAUCGCAAGAUGGCCUUCAAGGAGGACUACCGUCAUGUGCAGACCAAUGAAGUGCGUUCCCAACUCUGCUUUCUGGAAGAGCAGGAGCGUCGGGAGAGGAGAGAAGACGAGGAGAGGGAGACACUGCUCCGUAAAGCCAAGGGUCAUGUUGCAGAGUUAGAGCUGCAACACAGAGAAGCCAACCUCACUGCCCUGGUUGCCAUUGGACCUCGCAAGACGGGACCACGUGCCUCCCCUGGAAACCAGGUACAGAGAACCCUGCUCCCUUAG